UCAGAUCCAUCUCACCAUCUGUCUCUCAGCGCAAGUGUUCCAGGUUCAUUGAUAGUGAAGUUUGUCACACUUGGUGACACUGAUUGUGCAGCUGGUGGCUUCAUAGGCUCUGCUUUCAUGGAGGAGUUUUGACAAACCCUCACCAGCUGACAGACGUGACAUGGGAUGUGGAGUCACGAAAUCAACCCAACUGCAGCUGAAACCAUGCAAUCGAGGGAACAUCUCAGUUCCAGCGGCUACAGCGAUGCGGGCGGCGCUGCUCAUCCAGCGCUGGUAUCGUCAGUAUGUGGCGCGGCUGGAGAUGAGACGCCGCUGCACUUGGAACAUCUUUCAGUCUAUAGAGUAUUCUGGACAACAGGAUCAUAUCAAGCUGUAUAAUUUCUUUGGUUACCUGAUGGAACAUUUCAGUUCUGCCAACAGCCAAAGGAAUCUCGUAUCUCAUAUGUUUGGCGAGAGUGACGUGUUUCAGGACAUGGAGUGGGAGAGACACAUCUGUUACAAGGAGAUUGAGGUUCCGGACAUCUACACCGGCCCACAUCUCUCCUUCCCACUGACCAUCUCCAACGUCACAGAGCUGGUGGAUGCCUUCAAAAACAAACAAAAGCUUCAUGCGCGGUACGUGCUGCAGCUGCUGGGUAAGACGUGGACGCUCCUGCGCUUGAUGCCCAACAUCAGUCACGUGUGCACCUGCAAACACAAAGAAAUCACCAUCUGUGGAGACUUACACGGUCAUCUUGAGGAUCUGCUGUUGAUCUUUUACAAAAAUGGUUUUCCCUCAGCAGAGACGCCAUAUGUUUUCAACGGUGACUUUGUGGACAGAGGGAAAGAGUCCAUAGAGAUCCUGUUGGUUCUGUUUGUGUUCCUGUUGCUGUAUCCACAUGACGUGCAUCUGAACAGAGGAAACCAUGAGGACCACAUUGUUAAUCUGAGGUAUGGCUUCACUAAGGAAGUUCUGGGGAAAUAUCAGGUUCAUGGGAAAAUGAUUCUUAAACUUCUGCAGAAGAUCUUUAGCUGGUUGCCACUGGCAACAGUGAUCGACCAGAAAGUUCUGAUUCUACACGGAGGAAUUUCUGACAAGACAGACUUGAAUGUGAUCGCCAAACUGGACCGUCACCGAUUCGUUUCAGCUCUCAGGCCCCUGAAGAGAAGAGGAGCAUCAGCGAGGCUGAAGGAAGCGGCUCUGGACCCAGACGGAGAAGACGAACUCAGUGCGGGACGGAGGAGAGUUCAGUCUCUGACUCACGGCACACCGCUGCGACUCAGACAGGAGCUCCCACGGCAUUCAGUGCAUUCCGACUCCGGCCGGAAGGGUCGCUCUGUCGAGGAAGAGCUGCGAGAGAGACGACGCCUGGCCGGCCUCAGUCUGUCAUCCGACUCAGAUCCUGUUGAGGUUCUGGAGACGGAUGCAGAUGAAUGGAAACAGAUAGUGGACGUUCUGUGGAGUGACCCGAUGUCUCAGAACGGCUGUGUCCCUAACGAGGUUCGAGGAGGCGGGUGUUACUGGGGGCCGGACAUCACACAGGAAGUGCUGGACAGACACAAGCUGCAGCUGCUCAUCAGAUCUCAUGAGUGCAAGCAGGAAGGUUAUGAAUUCUGCCACAACGGCAGGGUUUUGACAAUAUUUUCAGCCUCUAAUUACUAUGACGUUGGCAGUAACAGAGGUGCUUACAUUCGUUUGGGACCCGACCUCAUUCCUCACUUCAAACAGUUUCGGUCCAGCAGAUCGACACGAGAGCUCACACUCAGACAGAGUGUGGGACGAACAGAACUUUCUGCAUUACAGGCUCUGAGGAUGCAGCUGUUUGCACACAAAUCUGACCUGAUCCAUGAGUUUCAGGAAUACGAUCCACAGCGCACAGGUGUGAUCUCUGUGAAGCACUGGGCCGCGGCUGUGGAGAAGGUGCUGCGUCUGGGUCUGCCCUGGAGGGUCCUGAGGUCUCAGCUGGUGACCAGCAGCACACAGGACGGGACGCUGGACUAUCACGACUGGGUCAACCAGCUGUCCGUCAUCCAGCCCAACACCGAGGUUGCGAACACGAGCCUCCUGGAGACCCUCUACAAACAUCAUUCAAACCUGGAGAGCAUCUUCAGAAUGAUUGACACGGACCACUCAGGUCUGAUCUCGUUCGAGGAGUUUCGUCAGACGUGGAAGCUGCUGAGCUCUCACCUGCAGAUGGACAUCAGCGACAAAGCCAUCUCAGAUCUGGCCGAGAGCAUCGACUUCAACAAGGACGGCAGCAUCGACAUCAACGAGUUCAUGGAGGCCUUUCGUCUGGUGGAGCAUUCUAGAGCCGAGACGGAAGCGCCGGCGUCACCCGAGUGAGCGCAGGUUCAUCAGAGCAAACACAAACCACGCACCGCUUUCUGUGUCGCUCCUCCAAGCCUCCAGAGCAGCUGCUGUGCACAUCUGAAGCUUUCCAUGGGUUUUAGUAAAGACAAUGGUAUUUUCAGUGCUUUAACUUUCACAGACACUCAUUUGUUCAUACAGUGAAGCUUUAUUAAUCAAUCACAGACACAGUAAAACAUUCCAGCUGAUGGAAGGCACACAAUCACACACGCAAGUAAAUAUAAAUGUGCUGCUCCAACACAGAGUGAUCGGCAUCCGAUGUUUGGGUCUCCUGUAUUUCUCCCGUUCAGACAUUAGAAAGGGAUCAGUUCUCAGGAUGAGAUGCUGCGGCGCUACGCUGCGUCAGCUGAGUUUGCUGCUGCGCCCGUGAACGCUGUCGUGAAGCCCGUCUUCAAUCAUCUUGAUGUCGUCCAGAUCGUCUUUAAUGACGCUGAUCAGGUGACUCAAACCCUGCUGCUGGUGCUUCAGAUGCUGAAAACAAAACACGUUUAUUCAGUUGAGGACAAACCAUAACGCAGUGACUGGAACGGAGCAGUUUUGUUCUCUCUGGUUUUAAAUAAAGCUGCUCAUAACCGCAGAGCUGAUGUGUGGCGCUGUAGGAGUUCAGCAUCAUGUGCAUCAGCUGCCUGAAACUGCGGGUUCUUGGAUGAUUUCAGCUUAAGAAGUACAAUUUAUAAUACUACAGCUGUCAGACUUUAUUCCUGAUUUGACACAGUCACACAGAUUCUUUCGAGUAGAUGGAUGACUGGAGCUUCAACGUGAACAAUUCAUGCUUAAACUGACAUUUAUGCAUUUAUUUAGUUAUAUUACACUGCACUCAAGCUACUGAAUCUAUAUUUUUAUAAUAGUUCAUGCAUUCCCUGGGAAUCAAACCCAGACCUUGGUGUUGCUAGCGAGAUCUGCUGUUUAGGCUUAAGCUAUAUUAAAUGUUCAGUCAAUCAUA